GUUGAAAAUCGAAUACCAAUCACAAGCGAAGGCCAAGUAGUAGCAGAAAGAGACGACGACCAAAAAUGGAGGGGCAGCCGCAUCCUUACGUUCCGAGAGAUCUGAAGCUGCCGGAUUAUGUGCCCGUAGUCCUCUCUCAGUCCACCAUCGUUGGCGUCUAUGCAAUUUCUUCCUUUGUCGUUGUCUCUCUCGUGUGGAUACUUUCUGGAAGGUCCCACAAAAUAGCAAAAAUUGAUAGAUGGCUCAUGUGCUGGUGGGCUUUUACUGGUCUCACGCAUAUGAUUCUUGAGGGCUAUUUUGUUUUCUCUCCCGAGUUUUACAAGGAGAAGACCCCUUUUUAUCUGGCUGAAGUUUGGAAAGAAUACAGCAAAGGUGAUUCAAGAUAUGCAGCAAGGGAUGCUGGAAUAGUUGCCGUGGAAGGAUUGACUGCAGUAUUAGAGGGUCCAGCUAGCAUUCUGGCAGUAUAUGCAAUUGCUAUGGGGAAGUCAUAUAGCUACAUACUUCAGCUUGCCAUUUCUCUGGGGCAGCUCUAUGGAACUGCUGUGUAUUUCAUAACUUCGUUCUUGGACGGCGAUAACUAUUCUUCAAGUCCUUAUUACUACUAUGCAUACUAUGUUGGUGCAAAUGCCUCCUGGGUUGUUAUACCAUUACUUAUUUGUAUUCGUUGUUGGAAGAAAAUUUGUUCAGCAUUUCAGGUGCAAGGCCAGAAAAAGACCAAAAGUCGCUGAGAGAUGCAGAGAAUAUCUCACUUCAAGACACAAACGAGAUCAUUUGGCUUGAUGUUUGUUCAGUAACUCUUUUAUUAGUUCAUUGUUGUCUAGUAUGUAGCUUGAAACAUCAAUUUAAUUUUGGGAAUUCAAUAUGCAUUUUUAUCCAAAUAAUCAAGUAAAAACAAUUAGCUGGAUGCAA